AAAAAUUCCUUCAGUUUUUUUAUUUAGAAAUAUAAAAACUCAAAAACAGUACUUAAAAGCUCAGAGUUGUCCACAUUUUUAGGGAAAUUGAGAUCGUCUCACUACACUGCAAACAAAAAACAUACACAAUGGUCUCUACUUCUCCGGUUUCUCCUUCUAAGGAAACUGACCAGAAGUCGUCCGGCGAGAAAUGGACGGGGGGAGAUCCAACACGGCCAGCCAAGUGGUGGUACUCCACCUUCCACACUGUCACCGCCAUGAUCGGCGCGGGAGUCCUUAGCCUCCCUUAUGCUAUGGCUUACCUUGGAUGGGGACCAGGGACAUUGGUGUUGGCAAUGACAUGGGGACUGACCUUAAACACGAUGUGGCAAAUGGUGCAGCUCCAUGAGUGCGUACCAGGAAGCCGUUUUGACCGGUAUAUCGAUCUAGGCCGAUACGCUUUUGGUCCCAAACUCGGCCCGUGGAUCGUGCUUCCGCAGCAGCUCAUCGUCCGGGUCGGCUGCAACAUCGUGUACAUGGUUACAGGAGGCAAGUGCUUGAAGCAAUUCGUGGAUAUCACGUGUUCCACCUGCACCCCGGUACGACAGUCGUACUGGAUCCUCGGCUUCGGUGGAGUACACUUCAUCCUCUCCCAGCUCCCUAACUUCAACUCUGUCGCCGGCGUUUCCUUGGCUGCCGCCGUCAUGUCCCUCUGCUACUCGACGAUAGCGUGGGGAGGAAGUAUCGCACAUGGAAGAAUGCCUGACGUGAGCUACGAUUACAAGGCCACGAAUCCGAGUGACUUCACGUUCCGAGUUUUUAAUGCGUUGGGUCAGAUCUCUUUCGCUUUCGCUGGCCAUGCUGUGGCUCUAGAGAUUCAAGCCACGAUGCCUUCCACCCCUGAGAGACCAUCAAAAGUGCCCAUGUGGCAAGGUGUGGUCGGAGCUUACUUGGUCAACGCCAUUUGCUAUUUUCCGGUGGCUCUAAUCUGCUAUUGGGCCUUUGGCCAAGACGUAAAAGACAAUGUGCUGAUGAAUUUACAGAGACCAGCUUGGCUCAUUGCUACUGCUAAUCUCAUGGUUGUUGUACACGUUAUUGGUAGCUACCAAGUGUUUGCUAUGCCUGUGUUUGAUCUUUUGGAGAGGAUGAUGGUUAACAGAUUCGGUUUUAAGCAUGGAGUUGUUCUAAGGUUUUUCACUCGGACUACUUAUGUUGCAUUUACAUUGUUUGUUGGAGUGAGUUUCCCUUUCUUUGGAGACCUUCUAGGGUUCUUUGGAGGAUUUGGUUUUGCACCUACUUCCUUCUUCCUCCCAAGUAUAAUGUGGCUUAUCAUCAAGAAACCAAAGAGAUUCAGCAUGACCUGGUUCAUCAAUUGGAUCUCCAUUUUCGUAGGAGUGUUCAUAAUGCUGGCGUCAACAAUUGGAGGACUGAGGAACAUCAUUGCAGAUUCUUCUACUUAUAGUUUCUACGCUUAAUGAUUAGAUCUUAAUUAUAUAUAUACACUAAGUUAUUGAUCACUGGGUCUUCUAAUUAUAAAGUGUAGGAAUAAAUCAUCUAAAUGGUCGUGCGGAUCGAGUUAGAGAGAGAUGUAUAAUGUUGUGCUACUUAUAUUCAAUAAGACAUAUAUAUUACUAGUUCCACAUA